CUAAAAACCGGAGCCAUAAGAUAAGGAUUUGAGGCCCCACCUUUGAUUUCCCUUUUACUGCCCAUGAAUAGGCUCUAUCCUCCAUAAGCUAUCGCUUUUGCUGGCUUCACCGGUGAUUUUUCCCCAUUAAUAUUCUUAAAGGAGUUUGAGGUAGGGAUACAUGAUUUCUGCCUCUACACUACUUGCUAAGUUUGUCAUGUGAGGGGUGGACCCACGCUCCGUUUCGGAACUAAAUUCAUUAAUUGGGAUAACAAAAGCCAGAUAUAUAGAUGCAGCUUGUGCCUCCAUCUGAUGAUGAGGUUCUGGAACAAUAUAUGUGGUAAAUGGAGAGCUUAUAUUAAAGCAGACUCAGUUUAUAAUUCAAGUAAACAUGACAACCAUUGUUCCAAGUUCGAUGAGCACUGUUUCUUUCAUUCCUGGAACUGCCUUUACAAUAAAGAAAAAUAUUUGCCUCACAAAAUGUAGUUUGUCAAGGAAAUCUUCAAAGCAUAAGCUAUCCUCACAAAGACUAGUAUUACCUCUUCUGACAUCUGCUGGAUUGUUCCCACAAUACAGAACGGAUUGUACAUUGCUUCAUAGAUCUAUAUUGCAUACUGUAUCAGCUACAGGAACUGAUACUGAUAUUGUGGUAGAGGAGCCAGAUUCACUUGUUGCAGAUGAAGACUCUGAUGGAGCCUCAGAAAUUCCAGUAGAUGCAGUUGAUUUAAGUGAAAAAUCCUCCAUCAAGUCAGAUGCCAGUACUCCUCCAUCUCAAUCAAGACGGUCAAGACCCAGUAGGAAAAGUGAAAUGCCACCAGUGAAGAAUGUGGACCUUAUUCCUGGCGCAACAUUUACUGGGAAAGUAAGGUCAAUCCAACCAUUUGGUGCUUUUGUAGAUUUUGGGGCCUUCACAGAUGGUCUGGUACAUGUUUCCAGGCUAAGUGAUAAUUUUGUUAAGGAUGUUGGAAGUAUUGUAUCUCUUGGCCAGGAGGUGAAAGUGAGAUUAGUUGAAGUUAACACUGAGACAGGGCGGAUUUCUCUUACUAUGCGUGAAAGUGACAGUACCAGCAAGUCUCAACAAAGAAGAGAUUCUCCUGGUACUUCCAGCAGUGAUAAGCCAAGGCCUGCUAGAAGGAACACACCAAAGCCUGGCCAGAAAAAAGAAGUUGUGAAGACAUCGAAGUUUGUUAAAGGGCAGGAACUGAAUGGCACAGUGAAGAAUUUGACCAGGUCUGGUGCUUUCAUCUCUCUCCCUGAGGGAGAGGAAGGAUUCUUGCCACAAUCAGAAGAAUCUGAAGAUGGAUUUCUAAACAUAAUGGGGGGCUCAUCACUGCAGGUUGGCCAGGAAGUUAGUGUUAGGGUAUUGCGUGUCGCGAGGGGACAGGUUACCUUGACAAUGAAGAAAGAAGAGGAGAAUGAGUUUAAUCUGGAAUUUAGCCAAGGGGUUGUCCAUGAUGCAACAAACCCAUUUGUUCUGGCCUUCCGUAAGAACAAGGAUAUUGCUGCAUUUUUGGAUGAGAGGGAAAAAGUCGAACAAGCGGUGAAAAAACCUGUGAAACCAAAGUUGUCAGUGGAAAUAGGACAAGUAAACCAGACUGAAGGUAUACCAGAAGUUCAGGGUCAGCAUUCAAGCAGUGAUGAGAGAUCAGUUGAUCUCUCUUCUAUGGUGGUUGAAACAGUAGAUGAUGAUGACAUUACUACAAGAGAAGUCACUGCUGGAUCCAGUAGAGCUGGCAAUGAUGAGGAGCCAGGAAGCGUCGAGUCAAGGUCAUCACAAAGUGUUGGAGUGUUUGAAACUGUAGAGGAGGCUGAAGCUUCUCCAAAAGAAGUUGUCAUUGGGUCCAGCAGUGCUAGUAAUGAUGAACAACCGGAAAGCAUAGCUUCAACCAUAUCACAAAGUGUUGAAAGAGUUAUUGAAACUGUAGAGGAAGCUGAAGCUACUCCAAAUGAAGAUGCUGUGGUAUCCAGUAAUGCUGGAGAUGAUCCAGAGCUGAAAGGCAUAGAAUCUAUCUCAUCACAGAGUAUCGAUGGGGCACUUCAGAUUGUAGAGAAAGAAGCUGAGGAGGCUCCUUCAACUGAUGGGGUCAAAGAUGGAACAUCAGACUUAUCUGGAGAAAAAGUUGAUCAGCCUGGUGAUGCCAUAGCAAAAGAUGGGGUGAAAAUACAAACUCCUACAAUGCAGAAUGAAAUUUCUUCUACUGAACCAGUUGGAAAUGAAGGCAGAGCAAGAAACCCUAAUGAAAAUGGCAGUAUUACUGGCUCAGAAAGUCAGGCUAUUGAGGAACUAGUGGAGGGCCAAGUUGAAAACACCAAGAUUGAAGUGGAGAUUCAAACGUCUGUUGCUGAGGCUGAAAUUCCUUCUGUUGCACCAAUUGAAAAUGUAGUGGAAACUGUCCCCGAAAUAACUGGCACUUUUGGAGAUUCAAAUGGGCAAAGCAGCAGUCCUUCCAAUGAGGAGAGUGUUGCUAAAGCAACCAUGUCACCGGCACUGGUGAAGCAGCUUCGCGAAGAAACAGGAGCAGGAAUGAUGGAUUGUAAGAAAGCCCUCUCAGAGACUGGAGGGGACAUCGUCAAAGCUCAGGAGUUCCUCAGGAAGAAAGGAUUAGCAAGUGCAGAAAAGAAAGCCAGCAGAACCACAGCUGAAGGAAGAAUUGGUUCUUACAUUCAUGAUAGCAGGAUAGGAGUCCUUGUAGAGGUGAACUGUGAAACAGAUUUUGUCUCCAGGGGUGACAUUUUCAAGGAGCUGGUAAAUGACAUAGCCAUGCAGGUGGCUGCAUGCCCACAAGUACAGUACCUUGGUACUGAAGAUGUUCCUGAAGAGAUUGUGAACAAGGAAAAAGAAAUUGAGAUGCAGAAGGAAGAUCUCUUAUUAAGACCUGAGCAGAUUAGAUCAAAGAUUGUAGAAGGACGAAUCAGGAAGAGACUUGAGGAGCUGGCGUUGCUGGAACAGCCGUACAUUAGGAAUGAUAAGAUUGUGGUGAAGGACUGGGUGAAACAGACAAUUGCAACUAUUGGAGAAAAUAUAAAGGUCAAGAGGUUUAUUCGCUACAACCUUGGUGAAGGCUUGGAGAAGAAAAGUCAGGAUUUUGCUGCUGAGGUGGCAGCACAAACUGCAGCAAAACCAGUUGCAUCACCAGCGAUAGAGCAGCCUGCUACAGCAGAAACCAAGGAAACUAUUCAGAAGCCACCAGCAGUAACAGUUUCUGCUGCACUUGUUAAACAACUGAGGGAAGAAACAGGAGCUGGUAUGAUGGACUGCAAGAAAGCGCUGUCCGAAACUGGAGGAGAUCUUGAGAAGGCACAGGAGUAUCUCAGAAAGAAAGGUCUUUCAACUGCUGACAAGAAAUCUAGUCGACUUGCAGCUGAAGGCAGAAUUGGCUCCUACAUUCAUGAUUCCCGCAUAGGAGUGCUGAUUGAAGUAAACUGUGAAACUGACUUUGUGGGUAGAAGUGAAAAAUUCAAGGAAAUGGUUGAUGAUCUAGCCAUGCAAGUUGUGGCAUGCCCACAGGUGCAGUUCGUGUCCAUUGAGGAUGUCCCAGAGAGCGUCGUGAAAAAGGAAAAGGAGCUCGAGAUGCAAAGAGAAGAUCUUUUGUCGAAGCCAGAGAACAUAAGAGAGAAGAUUGUUGAGGGCAGAAUCUCAAAGAGAUUAGGAGAGCUUGCUCUUCUAGAGCAACCUUUUAUAAAGAAUGAUAGUGUUUUGGUGAAAGAUUUGGUGAAGCAGACUGUUGCUGCUCUUGGGGAGAACAUGAAAGUGCGGAGGUUUGUUCGAUUUACUCUUGGGGAGAGUGCAGAAGAUACAAAAACAGAAACUGAAGCCUGAGGGAAAGAAUUGUCAGUUUGCUGGUUCUUUUGUUUCUAUUGUCUUUCUCUCUUCAAUUCUCGCAGUUCAUGUUAUUUUGUGAUCUUUUUUUAAACAGCUUAGCUGUUCCAUUUUAAUUACAGUCAUUGCAGUAUCUUCCA